AUGAGAACUUUAUGUGCUUCUCGUUCUAGCCCAGCUGACCAAUGCAUGGUGCAGAUCUGUGUUAUCGCUCGUGUAGUGAACUAACAGUUUGAAAACAAUCGAAAAUAAUGUUUACAAAAACGUUUCAUAAUGCUUAUCUCGCUCAAUGACUAGCUGAAACAUAUCCUUAGCAGCUAUAAAUUCAAAUCCGCAUCGGGCUUCACCGUCCAGUUUUUCCUUGCAAGACCCAAAAAUAAGUGUUCUCAGUCUACAACUCCAGUCUGUUCAGAGUUGAGUGGCAUAAUCCAGCACUGGUAUAAGAAAAAAGACUCAACAUGAAUCAACCGAAGCUGUAUUCUCAAAGCAACAAAACGCAACUAACGGACAACACCGAUAUGUUGAACAGCCACAUGAAGAUGAUAGAAUGGCACAAGGAAGAAAACAUUCUAGAAAUAGGCGUCGGUGAUGGCAGAUGCACAAUAGAGCUCCUGAUUCCAUCGUUUCCUAAAGAUUUUCAUAGCUACGUAGGAACGGACGUAUCAGAAAGCAUGGUUGCAUUUGCUCAGGAAAACUAUAAGUUGCCUAGGGUGAAGUUUAUGAAACUGGAUAUUCAGUCUCCUGAUAUUCCUUCAAUGUUAUACGAGAAGUUUAACCACAUAUUUUCCAUGCUGUGCUUACAUUGGGUCAGGAAUAAUAGGCAAGCAGCUAUAAACAUGUUCAACAUGCUGAGACCGGGCGGAGAAAUCCUUUGCAGCUUAGUAGAACAAAAUUCCAUAGACGAUGCAUUCUUCAACCUGUCGAAGAACCCUAAAUGGGCCCCCUAUGGCCACGAAAAGUACUUGACAAGGUAUUUUUUCACAGAAGACGUAGCCAAGGAAUGGGAAAGGCAUUUGAUCGGCGCUGGUUUUGAAGACGUUAAGGUCAUCAAGGAGGAGAAGAGCUACGUGUACGAUUCUGAAGAGAAUUACAAAAACUUCUACCUCGCCUGCAACCCGAUAGUCAAACAGAUUCCGUGCGAGAGUACAAGCGAAUACCUGAACGACUUCUUUGAGGAGUGCAAACGGGGACCGAUGACGGAGAUAACCUAUUCCGAUGAAAAGAAACAGCCUGUCUAUAAGCUAAACUACGUCAGGAUAGUGAUGUAUGCGAAAAAGCCGUGUGAAUAGGAUUGUGAUUUUUAUUUAUAUUUUGUAUUAUAUUUAUUGUAUCUACGUCGUCGGAUACAACUUACUGUUUAAACCGUUGUUUUUAUACGAUAAAUUAAAGUAUUAUUCAAUAUAAAUGUUUUCUGUAGCGUCCCUGAAAAAUUACCUUCCUUGUACAAUAGCUCAAGCUUAAUACGUGAUUUUGAGCAAGUC